AUGGCGAGCCUAUCGCCGAUGACGGCCGCGAUGAGCCGCGGCUUCGCGCGCGACCCCCCUCCGCCUUCGCUCGCGGAGCCGCUCCUCCCGCGGUCGACGCCCCCGACCGGUCACGCGCGAAGACGACGCGACGACGACGACGACGACGCUUCGUCGGAUUCGAACGCCGUCGCGCGAGGAGCCGCGCUGCCGCUGACGCCGCCGAGGCGAGACGCCGCGUUCGGCGACGUCGCGGUAUCCGCCGCGUCCGACGCCGAAACCGACGACGGCUUCGUCCCGUGGGCGGACGCCACGCCGUUCGCGUACGUCGCCCUCGUCCUGUGCGUCGCGCUCGCGGCCGCGCGCCUCGGCGACGUCCGCGACGCGCGAUCGCCCGCGCUCCUCUCCAUGGCGCUCCUCGCGCUCGCGGGCGCGAUGCAGCCGCUCCUGUGCGCGUCGCUGACGAAGGCGCGCAGGGCGGGGUACCUCGACUUCUACCUCUCCUCCCGCCGCGCGUUCCGAGCGCCGUUCGCGAUCGCGUCCGUCGGCACCGCGACCGCGUGCCUGGCGUCGAUCCUCUUGGGCGUUUUCGUCGACCCGGAGGACGGCGCCUCCGCGUCGACGCUGAUUCGCGUGCCCGACCGCAUCGCCCGCGCGCUGCUCCCGGGUUACCAGACGCGCGCGCCGUCUCCGUUCGUCGUCGCGUCGGCGACGGCGUUUGUCGCGUUCGGUUUCGAGUGCGUCGCGCUCCUGAUCGCGCUCGGGGUUAUCAUCGCGAGGACGCGGCGGCAUCGACGCGCGGGAACGCCGCCGGACGCCAAGUCGGCGUUGAACCCGCCCAACGCCGCGGGGGACGACGACGACGACGACGAGACCGGGCGCGCGCGCGGCGGGUGGUCGCCGUCGUUCGAUUUCAAGCGCGGCGUCCGUCGCGGCGAGACGACCGAGAGCGUCAGCGACGCGCAGGCGGAGCUGAACCGGUACAUGUGCGACCAGGUCUCGGAGCUCGGGAGGGAGGUGUUGCGUCUGCGACGCGUCGUCGCGAGGAGAGAGACGAUGGCCCGCGGGGUGGGGCACGCGAGGGCGAUGGCGGCGAGUGCGGCGACGACGAGUCAAGUCGCGGCCGCGGCCGCGGGCGACGCCACCCCAGCGGAGGCGGUGACGCGCGCGGCGCACGCGGCGGCGUUGAACCUCGUCCAGGCGGAGUUGAAAGCGACGCGCGCGGAGCUCGCGCGCCGAGAACGCGAGGCGAGCCGGCUGCGGGAGCUGGAUUUCGCGCGCUCGGAGGAGGCGACGCGGUUGAGACGCGCGCUGGAGGAGAAGGAGCGCAGGGCGGAGGAGGCAAAGAGCGCGGGGGCGGCGGAGGAGAAGGAGGAGAUAUCGCGCGAGGCGGGACCCGGACCCGCGAGCGGGGAGGCUCCGGCGCCAGCUGUACCGCCGCCGCCGGCGGACGCGGAUCCACCAGUCUCCCCGAGCAAAAAGAAGACUUACCCGGAGCCGAAGCGGGUGACGGACGCGGUCGCGAAGAUGAACGACGCGUUCGGGAUGGGGAUCUAG